AUGAGGUCGAAGGACAAAAUAACAAUGGACAAAGUCAUGAACCACCUGGAUCGCCUGUCGUCGGAGCUCAUGCCAAAGCCGAGGCCGAGCGAGCAGCUCGACGAGGAGCCGCCCUGCGCUCCACUGCCACACGCCGACGGUGAUGACCACACACUCGUGGAUCGUUCACCAAGGGAUGAAGACCCCGUGGAGAGGCUGCAUCGGCGCUGCGGCGAGAAGAUGCUCCGCGAGUUCUUCACCGAUCUGGGGUGGAAACAUCCCAAGCGAGCUUGA